AUGGCUCGUUUUGGGCCUGAUCACUUCCAGUGUACAUGUAUCCCACUUGGAUGCUCUACCCGACAGUUCAUCAGGGACGGCGAAACCCACUCUGGUCGCCUAUUCCAUCGCACAAACUAUCCAAGGCACUUGAUGGCUUCUCAAGCAUGUCCCGCGAACUCAUUGCAACAGUCUAGUGAGCUAACGGCUCAAGUCAACCCUGUCGCAACUGUUUGUCCAAGUAUAGGACACACUGCGAUGCAUAUCACUGCCCAAGUUCAGGCCGGUCUGAACACAGUCUCAAGGAAAAAACGUCACCGAUCGCCCAAUGAAUCAGAGGGACCUUCCACCUCUUCUAGUUUCCACCGCCAGCAACCAAUUCGGAAACAUCCUAGACUAGAGAGUAAAGAAAUCAACAAUAAUGAAACUGGCCAAUCUCAAACCCACGGAAAACUCACAAGUACCAUCCAAUAUGCGCACAAAUUUGACACCAGAGCAUUUUAUACCUCACGGACCCUCCUCCAGCACACCUCAUGUGUCCAAUCGAUGAUUCAUGUUUUACACAAUUAUAUCUUGAAGAACCAAGCCGUGAAUGCCUGCCAAACAUCCCUUCGAAUGGAACAUCACAAACUCCAGACUCUGCUCGCGAGAACCAAUGCUAAUUCUGAACCCAUCUGGAAAGAAAUUCCACUUACGGUUAAGAAGCUUGUCAGCACCUUUCACCUGGAUGUCCGUGUUUUGGAGACAGUAUCUUGUACGCUUUCGAUUCUCAUCAAGCAAACCUUCUCUCCCUCGUUUUAA